UGGGGUACGAGAGAGAGAGAGGAGCGAGCGAGCGAGCGAGCACUAGAGCACGAAGACCACCUUGGCAAAAAGAAGGGCGACAGGCCGAUACCCGCCCCGUUCGCGAUCGCACAAGGGGAACGCAACUUUUCUUCAGUUGCAAGAUUUUUGGUUUAUUUCAAAUAAAAAGGAGGACGGUAAUUGGUGCUGGGGCAGGUUUAGAUACUGAUCAUGGCGUGCAAAGGGUUCUGGGAAUGUUUAUUAAAGCUUUUCAAUCUUGUACUGAUGGCCGCUGGUUUAGCGAUGGUGGGAUAUGGGAUUUACUUGCUGGUGGAGUGGAAUAGAGUCGUUUCUGGUGGCGGCCCGGCUCUGCCGGUGAGCAACGAUCUGGAAUUUUCGAAGCUUGGGAGGCCUAUGCUUGUCGCUAUGUCCGUCUCUUCCAGUUUUUUUAGCCAUCUUCUGGAAGCUUGGUUUAUUUUAUUAUUUAUAGGUGUUGGGGUUGUUCUUUUUGUCAUAUCAUGCGUUGGCUGUACAGGAGCAGUGUCAAGAAAUGGUUGUUGCCUGUCUUUCUAUGCUUUCUUAAUAUUUUUGUUGAUCAUAGCUGAGUUGGCUGCUGCAGCUUUAAUAUUCUUCGACCAUACCUGGAAGGAACUUAUCCCUGAUGAUAAAACUGGGAACUUCAGUAUUAUAUAUGAUUUCUUGGAUGAUAACUGGAAGAUAGCUAAGUGGGUUGCUCUUGGGGCUAUCAUUUUAGAGGGUUUGUUAUUUGUCUUAGCUCUGGUAGUAAGAGCAUCAAACAGAGCCGCUGAAUAUGAUAGCGAUGAUGAGUAUAUUGCUCCAAGAUCUACCAUUCGACAGCCACUAAUGAAUAGGCAAGGAGCUGCAGCAACUGGAGUGCCCGUGCUUGGCAGUUUUGACCAUCGUCCCAGCAGAAAUGACGCCUGGAGCCAAAGAAUGAGAGAAAAAUAUGGUCUGGAUACCUCUGAGUUUACAUACAACCCAUCCGACCCAAGCAGAUACCAACAAGCUACUGUAUCACAGACAGAAGAGAAGGGCUGCUGUACCAUUCUGUGACCAUAGCCACUGUGCCAUUCUAUGACUACUCUCGUUGGGGGUGAAACUUUUUAAGAGAUUUCCCUGUCUCUGUGGAUGUGUAGCUUAAGCGUAUCACAUAUUUUCACUGCAUAAACUCGUUUUGUAUUUUUUCCAAUAUUAAAGUUAUAGCUCCCGGUUAGUCACGGGUGACAUGAUUUCACUGCAUAAAUUUGUUAUGUAUUUUCUCCGAUAUCAAAGUUAUAGCUACUUGUAAGUCA